CUGCCUCGCCGGAAAGAGCAGACGCUUCUGCCUCUGCUGCGACCUGUUUUAUGGGGAACAGGCUGGUCCCGGUCCCGCUCCGGCCAGUCACACCUAUGGAAAACCCAGUGUUUUCUUCGGGCGGUUUUUUACCACCGCCACAAAAUGGUGCCUAAAGUCAACGGCGGAGGCGGCUUCUGAGCGCGUGAGUCUGUUGCCAAGCAGGGGAGGAAAAGGCGGAGCGGCGCUGAGGCGGCUCCUUCCGGGGCGAGAGAGGCCGUCGGGAAGCGGAGCGAGGCGCCAUGGCGGUGCUCCUGGAAACCACGCUGGGAGACCUGGUGAUCGACUUGUACACGGAGGAGAGGCCGAGAGCUUGCCUGAAUUUUCUGAAGCUCUGCAAAAUCAAGUACUACAAUUACUGCCUUAUACAUAAUAUACAAAGAGAUUUUAUCAUACAAACUGGAGACCCACAGGGGACUGGCCGUGGAGGUGAAUCAAUUUUUUGCAAAUUGUAUGGGGACCAAGCUAGAUUUUUUGAAACAGAAAAAGUGCCAAGAAUUAAACACAAGAAAAGGGGUACAGUGUCAAUGGUGAACAAUGGCAGUGAUCAGCAUGGAUCUCAGUUUCUUAUUACUACAGGAGACAACUUAGAUUACCUGAAUGGUGUACAUACAGUCUUCGGUGAAGUAACAGAAGGCAUGGAUGUGUUGAUGAAAAUUAAUGAAGCCUUCGUUGACAAGGAUUUUGUUCCAUAUCAAGACAUCAGGAUAAACCAUACAGUGAUCUUGGAUGAUCCAUUUGAUGACCCUCCUGGUUUGGCAAUACCAGAUCGUUCACCAGAGCCUACCAAGGAACAGUUGGAUAGUGGAAGAAUAGGAGCUGAUGAAGAGAUUGAUGACUUCAAAGGAAGGUCUGUUGAUGAAGUGGAAGAAAUUCUGGCAGAGAAAGAAGCAAAAACUAAGGCUAUUCUUUUGGAAAUGGUUGGAGACUUGCCUGAUGCUGAUAUCAAGCCUCCUGAAAAUGUCUUGUUUGUUUGCAAACUUAAUCCUGUGACAACAGAUGAAGACCUUGAAAUCAUAUUUUCCCGAUUCGGACCAAUAAAAAGUUGUGAAGUGAUUCGAGAUUGGAAGACAGGCGAAUCCCUCUGCUAUGCUUUCAUCGAGUUUGAAAAGGAAGAAGAUUGUGAGAAAGCUUACUUUAAGAUGGAUAAUGUUUUAAUAGAUGACAGGCGGAUACACGUGGAUUUUAGCCAGUCUGUUGCAAAGAUUAAAUGGAAAGGAAAAGGUGGGAAGUAUACUAAGGAUGAUUUCAAAGAAUAUGAAAAGGACCGUGACAAAACUCCUAAAUUAAGUCUGAAGGAGAAGGUGAAGCCAAAGCAAGACUCAAAAUAUGACCUUGUAUUGGAGGAGGAAGAGGAUGACUGCAAAACAAGUCACAGGCACUCUGAUAAAAAGAAGAAGAAACGCCACCAUUCAGAUGAUACCGAUGAGGAUGAGAAGAGGUCCAAAAAGUCUAAGCAGGACCUUGACCGAAGGCAGAAAGAAGAGAAAAGAAAAAGCGAAAAGCGAGAGAGGCGGCGCAGCCGUAGCCGUAGCCAGUCUUGGGACAGAGAUGACCGAUACCGAAAGUCAAAGGACAAAUACCACGAGGAAAAGAGGAAAGCCAGAAGCCCUAAGAAACCCAGAGAGAAGGAGAAGUCAAAGUACAGAUGAAUGAGGAUUAAGAAAAACAAACUCUUCCCCCGGUGCUUUUCUGCCUUUGAGACCUACAACCACUCCCCAAAGACCCUUCAGUCUUCCUUUUUGACUUUUGAUCCUGGGGCUCUAUAGGAUGACAUCCUAUAAUGUGGAAUUUAGUAGAAUUUUGACUGUAUUGGGGGGGGGGGUGAGUUGAAGCAUUUUGUUCUCAGUUUAUGGUGGAAUGGUGACAAGACCACCACAUUAUUUGAUUUAUUACAGACACCACCCACCAAAAAGGAACCUUAGUAAUGUCAGUCGUUAAUGGUAGAGGGCAUACGUAAAACAUUCUUUUUGUCAGCUCUUAAGAGUUACUUGAUUCAUAAUUAAUUUCCUACUUUAUCUUUUCUGUAUAGGAAACUGCAUGCAACUGAAGGGUGUGUCUUUAUUUGUGACAUGGCUUUAUUUUGCCAUGGGAACCUGCUUCCAGUUGGGGCUUCCUGCUACAUGUAUUGAAGUAGUGUUCUGUGUCUUAAUUACACAUGCUAUAUACACAGUUGGUACAUCCAGUUCCUAGACAGAACUGAUAUCCAAGUAGAGAAUUUGUCACAUGCAAAGUAGCUCUAAAUUCCUUUGGUUGUGUGAGGCCUUCACUAAAAGGCCAUCUUUUACAAUACACAUUUCAUAAUUCAGAAGCAUGUUUGUUUGUUUUUUAAUACCUACACACUUCUCCCUGAAGCUGUUUUCUAUAUGCAGAGAUCUAGAUUCAUUGCAGGAAGAAGUCUCUCCACUUUGUAGUUAUUGCAAGGCAAGCAACAAGCAAACUCCACACUAGCAUUGAAGUUUCUGUAUGUCACUUUAGAGGGUAUGAGAAAAGAAUCCUUUCUUCAGAAGCCAACAACAGAAUUGGAGAAGGUACAAUAUCUCAUUUGAGAAGAUGUAGCAGUGAAAACAGAGACCAAGUCAUGCCCUGCUGGUGACUGGCUUAGUCCAAGAAAAUUUCAGCUUAGAACAACAUUUCACAAACAGUUGUGUUUCACCAUGCUAUAAAUUAUUAAAGUUAAAAACAACCACCACCACCAGGUACAAUUUACAAAUACGAAUCAGAGUAGGGCUAUUUAGUUUCUCUCUACUGCCUUCAGUGUUGCAAUUAACCCCCCUUAACUGCAGAAAGCUAACAUAGUGUACAAACAAGAAAUGUCUGAGUUGAAACAGCCAGCAGAACUUGUUGCUGCAUGCAAAACCAAGCCAGCAUAAAAAGGAAAUGCUUAUUAAACCACAACCCAAGGUAUAAAAUACUUGCAGGGAGGACUGACGUUGGUUUUGCCACGUGUUUAUCUUUUUCCUUUUUUGAUGCUCUGUAUUCCUCUGUUAUGUAUUAAAAGAACAAGCCAGUAAUGUAUAUGCAGAUCUCUCAAAGGUUGGGAUGUAACUAAGCUGUUUUUUAAAUGUUAUCUCGGUGGUGCAUUCUUGCUUAGGAAUAUAUGGGGGUUUUCCCCCCUGGAGAAGA